AGACGUCCUCCUUGCCCGGGCUCCCGCCCCGUAUCGGGGUGCGCCAUGUCCCGCCUGGGCAUCCCGCGCACGGAGUUUCAGUCCCAGCUUCUGACCGUCACAGCCUGGACCCCCGACCAGCCCGGCCUUGACACCGAGUCGGCCGAGGACCCCCAAUUUGCAUCCUCAGUCUCUUCAGUCAGUGUUGUCCAGUCUCAGAGACCUAGCCCGGGAAUCCGCUUCCUAUUUCAGUGAGAGCUUGAGCAGCCCGCCACAUCCCUGGACCCCCGGUAACGACUGCACGUCUCCCUCUGCAGAUGGACGGGACAGAAGGCAGUGCUGGGCAGCCCGGCCCCGCGGAGCGGUCCCACCGAAGCAGCGUGUCCUCCGUGGGACCCCGAGAGGUACAGCUGAAGCCCAAGCACCAGCCCUACAAGCUGGGCCGCCAGUGGCCGGAGCUGCUGCUGCGUUUCACCGAUGCCCCGGACGAAGACGUGGCCAUGGAUGAGCCUUCCCUGCAGUUCCGAAGGAACGUGUUUUUCCCCAAGUGGCGGGAGCUGCAGAUCCGCGACGAGGACGUUCUGCGGCUGCUUUAUGAGGAGGCCAAGGGCAACGUGCUGAGCGCGAGGUACCCGUGUGACAUAGAGGACUGUGAGGCUCUGGGUGCCCUGGUGUGCCGUGUGCAGCUUGGGCCCUACCAGCCCGGCCACCCUGCUGCCUGCACCCUGAGGGAGAAGCUAGACUCCUUCCUCCCCGCUCAUCUCUGUAAGCGGGGCCACGGCCUCUUUGCCGCCCUCCGGGGCCGUGGGACCAAGGCUGGAACCGGCGAGCAGGGCCUGCUCAACGCCUACCGUGGGGUGAAAGAAGUGGUCGGCAGCGACAGUGAGCACGAGCACCUCCUGAGCACCCACUAUCGCGCCUACCUCUUCAAGUGCCAUGAGCUGCCCUUCUACGGGUGUGCCUUUUUCCAUGGCGAGAUUGACAAGCCGGCCCAGAGCUUCUUGCACCGGGGUGGGCGCAAGCCAGUGACUCUGGCCAUCAGUCUGGAGGGCGUGCAUGUCAUCGACAGCCGGGAGAAGCAUGUCCUGCUGGGCCUGCGCUUCCAGGAGCUGUCGUGGGACCACACCUCCCUCGAGGAGGAGGAGGAGCCCGUGCUGUGGCUGGAGUUUGACGGGGAGAGCGAGGGCAUGCCCGUCAACAAGCUCCUCAAGAUCUACUCCAAGCAGGCCGAACUGAUGAGUGGCCUCAUUGAGUACUGCAUCGAGCUGAAUCAGGCUGUGGAGCCUGCCGCCCCCCAGGACAGCGGGUCUGGCCCCACCUCGGCCCCAGGCUCCUUGCCACCUCCCACACAGCGGCCCAAGCUACGGCGGCAAGGCAGCGUGGUGUGCAGCCGGAUCCAGCAUCUCUCCACCAUUGACUACGUGGACGAUGGCAAGGAGAUCAAGCGAGUGAAGCCAAAGCGCACCACAUCCUUCUUCAGCCGGCAGCUCUCCAUGAGCCAGGGGAGCUACAGCGUGGUGCAGCCCAACGACAGCCUGGAGCAGGGCUGAGGGCGGCAGCUCAAGCAGAGGAGGGCGUGUGGAGGCCCCUGAGACCUGGCCCUGCCCUGUCCUCCCUCGGGGACACGUGGGCUGAGUUAGUCCCCGAAGGUGUGCAUGCAUGGGGGGCACCCGUGUUGCUCAGGGUCUGCAGGUGUUUCAGACCAUGGAGCAGGGACUUCUGGGCCGGGGACGAUACUGGGGCCUGCAGAGCCAGCAAGUGAGUCUCCCCUCGGCCCCUUGUAUAGCCUCCCUCCUUCCUCUGGACUCCGGGCCCAACCACCCUUUCCACUCAGAGACCUCCUUUGUGCCCCUCUCAAUAUGGACAGUGUCUCCUGCUGUCUCACCUGGUGGCAUCUCUGGUGACAGGUGGCCGAGGAUAGGACUUGGGACCUGCAGGUCUGGUCUGUGCCUUUGGUCUUUCCCCUGAACUUUGGUGACACGUCCCCACAUUCCUUCUGCUGGCAUUCCACCCCCUGCUGCCAGGCUGGGCUAUUCUCUAGGGGGCAGAGGAGGGGCCUCCCUUACAUGAACCCCGGCAGAAAAUGAGAUGAUGAGGGCCCCUCCGCACCCUCCCUAGUUGGACUGGUUAUUGCAGCCAUGGCCCCAGGCACGCUGGGGUCCCUGCAUCUCCUGCGCUGGGGGCACUCUGCUGGGACUGGUUGGAGGGGUCAGGGCCCAACUCAGGUGAGAGCCUCAGGUUUCACAGGCGUGAGACACUAUAGCCAGAGGGAAAGUGCCUUUUUGUUAGCCUUUUGUGACGUCACUGUGCUGGGGGGUGGCUGUCCUGUAGAGGAACAAGCCCACCAGCCCCACACUCCCUGCUCUGUGGAAAGCUCCCAGAAAUCCCUUUGGCCUGAGCGGCUCCCCUCACCGAACCACCCAAGCUCGCCGUGUCUCCCGUCGUAUUCUGGGUCUUGCUUUUUUUUUUUUUCCCGUCUGCUUUGAUUCGAUGAAGCCAGUGAGCUCUGGGGCCUCUCAAGAAAAUGGCCCUUGUUUAUCUCAGAGGCCCUGGCUUGUCUUCAAAGAUGGCGCCGGGGAUUUCCAGCCAGCCUUUCCGUCUGGCCUGAGGCCUGAGCCAGCUGUGUAUCGGAUGUAUCGGAUGUCCCGGUGACCAGAGACCAUCUCAUCUUAACUACAUUAUAAAAGGAGGUUUGCUGUGGGUGCUUGGCUUUUCUUUUCCUCAUGUUUGUCUUCCUGGCCACACUGGCUCUGGGUCUUCCCCGAUGAGCUGAUGCUGCGAGGAGCGCUUUCCUAGCCGGCACUGAGGUGAGUACUGCCCCACUGGCGGCUCCCAGGUGCUUCCCGCCAGAAGGAGGCAAGGCCCAGGUCAGCACAGGGCUUUACUUUGUUAUCCCUUCUCAAUGGCAAACUACUGUGGGAGAGGAAACGGGGCCAGCGGGCACUCCUACAAGUCUAAGAGCCCAUUAGCACCUUCUUCUGUCUAUGAUGGGAACAUUCCAGGCGGGCUUGCCUCCCACAGCAGGGACUUCGUUGUUUGUCAUGCCAAAUCAGUGGAAAGGAGAGGCUGGUGAGGUGUCCCCAGCUGUUUGGAAUGUCCUGGCCAAGGGGCAGAGGCUAGUUGCCACAUCAUAUCUUCUCUCUUAGAGACGUUUGACCUACGGACAGCUGCCCAGCCUAGUUCUCCUGGGGCCCCUAGCCCGCCGGCUCCCAGCUCUGUCAUCUCAGUCCUACUGUUUUGAUUCCAGGCGAAUCUCUUAUCUGAUGGGCAGGACAGGGUGUGGGGUAUGUGUGUGUGUGUUUGCACAUGUGUACGCAGAUGACGGGAUGACGGGUUUUUACUGUGCGGCCCGUGUCUCCUGUUUUCUAACCAUCCUUUGUGCCUUAACCUUUUCUGCCCGCCCUUUGGGACAAAGCAGGAUUUUACUAAACGCUGUUGAGUAGUCUCAUUCGUCUGUAUCGUGAUUUAUUCAUAAUAAAAUCUGUUUCCAGCAAACCCUGGAUGGUUUCCGAUCUGAAAUAAUGAGGUGGGCUCACUACAGCCUGGUUGUUAGUUUCUGUUUAGCUCUGCAUUGAGUAGGAGCCCUGGGGUGCUCUGAGCCCCACUCUCAUGGGCCCGAGUCGAGUUUUCUCAUCCAGAUGGUUUGGUUUGUUAGAGGCUACAAGGCUGAGGGUAUGAGAGGGGUUUUGGGUUCCUGGUGGGAACUAAGGGGGGUGCUCUGCAGGGAG